CCAGGAAAAGCACCCCAAAGUCCCGCACGGGAUGUAUUACCUGCAAGUAAGUAGACAGAAUCUGCAUCAGACAUGUAUCUAAUCCAUCAGAACCCGUCGCGUCAAAUGCGAUGAAACCAAACCUCGUUGUAUACGGUGCGUGCGAUCAAAUCGCACAUGUGGGGGAUACACAUCGCUUGAAUCCACCAAUGUUGUGGAUACAAUUAAAGCAUACAAUAUUCCGUUCAAAGUUCCAGGCAGUAGAUUGGAUCGCCAGCUCCUCCAUUUCUACUGCGUCGAGGCCGCUUUGAGUCUUUCGAGCUUCUCCGACGCGGACUUCUGGAGUCGACUCGUGUUGCAAAGAUGUCACCAUCAACCUGUUAUUCGCAACGCACUUGUCACACUGACUGCUAUAUACCGGGACUAUAAGUUCAAAUAUGAUGCCGGGCCAGAGUCCGACCGUUCAGCGCUGCAGCAUCUGCAACUAAUCGCCAGAUCCCACAAACAGCUAAGGAUGCAUCUCUGCUCGCCGGACGCAUCAAUUGAAGUUGCUCUGAUUUGCAGCGUGGUGUUUUACACCUUUGAGGCUCUUCUAGGCAAUGCGGUACAGGCGAUUCGACACCUCGAUCAAGGGCUAAUUCUGCUGAAACGGAGUCAGGCUACCGCGCCCGUGCAGAAUGCCACAGAUGCCAUUCUUCCACGUUUAACAGUCUUGUUCGCCAGCCUGGACAUUCAGGCAAGCACAUACAAUCCAAGCCGGCGGCCCAUAUUGUCUCUGAUCUCGCCAUUAGAACAGUCCGGGCUUGCCCCGCUCAUCCUAGACAGUUCCACCCUGGCGGAUGCACAAAUGGCACUCACCAAGUUGCAAAAUUGGAUGUUGCACCAUCUUGCGUCUUCCUACCCAUAUAAGAAGAAAGGCCUGCAGCUUCUACCAGCCGACAUCCUUGUAGAGCGACAUCACUUAUAUGACCAAUUGACGAGAUAUAUAAAGACUGUGAGCGCGUAUUCGACCCACCUUUCUGGCCCGAGCACGGCAAAUUGUCUGCUCCUUCGACUGCAAGCUCAGAUGUUCCGCACCAUCGUGGCCGAGGAUGUUCCGUCCCUGCAGUUCACAAACAGUGACUCACUGCGGAAAUGCUUACAAGCUAUAUCGGCCAUUUUGGAAAGUAUGUCGGGUUAUUCCUCCACACAGGGCACCACUGCGCAGAGAUCAUUCACAUUGAGUACCCAGCUUGUCGCAGCGCUUUACUACAUCUGUAUGAAAAGCAAUCAUCCCAGUAUAGUAGACAUGGCACUCUCACUACUGCGACACGAGAUGCUUCCACACCGCGAUGGGAUCUGGGACGCACGGACGGUGGAAGCGGUGGUGCAUGGCAUCCGAAUUUCCAGCAAGCUGCCUGAAUGGCGAAUGGGUGGACAGGAAGCUGCAGAAUAUCGACUAGAGUAUGCCAAUGAGGACCUUAUCAACGCAGUUGGAGAAGGGGGCUUGUAUGAGAUACGGGAAAUGCUGCGACGUCAUGAGCAGUAUAUCAUGUGUGGCGACUCUCCUAGCUUAGUAUCUGGUCGUAUCUAACCCCCACGAGAGCUGUAGGCAAAGCUGAGCUGCCCCGCUCUGGCUCCUCAGCUUCUGGGAGCAGUCCAACCCGAUUCGUUUCCGAUAGACAACUUCCACGGCGCGAUAGCGGGAUGAUGUCAACACAUCAAGGCAAUCCGGCUAAUUUGCGUGCAGGGAUCGGGUAUUGACUGGCCAGUUACACUCGCAGCCGGCGCGUCGCCUCACUUUUGAGUUACGCCAUGGACAGAUGACCGCCAGUCAUGGCUAACCUCUAAACCUAGACCGGCACGGCUUUGCGGUGAUGGCAUGUUAUCCUCCCCGGCCCAGGAUUGAAUGCAGCCCUCGGCAUGUGCCAUCCCCAUCAAACGUGGGGGUCACUUGGCGGGGAUCAAUUGCGGGGGAUGGCCGCUACCCCGUGUUUUAGUGUCGCCCCGUUAGUCUCGAGCUUGAAGCUUAAAACACAUGCGGGUUGGCCGAGCGGAAAACGUGGGGGUGUUGGCUGACAACGG